UUGCAUGUUGCUCUCCUGCAGAAGAAUAAUUUCAUUGAACGAUUGAAGUGUAUGAGGAACAAACAGAUGUUUCAGGUCUAUAUCGUUAUAACAAGGAAGUAUUUCAACUUAACCCACAGGAGAGUAAAUUCAUUUGGCAGUCAGUAAAAUAAGAUCAACAGACAGAACAGAAGCUCCUUUUCCAUCUCGUUCAAACAAGAAAGAAACGUACAGUUCCUUUCAGUCAGUACAAUACGGAAAUCAAGAAAGUUGGUCUUGUCUCUGAACUUUUCUAAAGAAAGCACGAGCAAAAAAAAACAAGAAAAACGUUUGUUCAAUAUUUUUAACAUAAUGGAUUUCGAUGGAGCCCACGCAAUUAUUGUUAUGGGAGGAGUCUAUAGCAACUAUAUUAGAGAACAUAUCAGUAAUGAAUACCUUGAAAAACUGAAAGAAUCAGCCAGAGAGGGAUAUGCGGUCUUAACGAAUGGUGGCACUGCUGUUGAUGCUGUUGAGAAAGCAGUUAGUAUUUUAGAGAGCAGUGACUUAUUUAUGAUAGGUCGUGGAUCUCCAUUGAACAGUGAAGGAGAAGUUGAAUGUGAUGCAAUGAUUAUGGAUGGGCACAAUUUAAAAACAGGUGCUGUAAUUUCUGGUCGAAAUUUCAAAAAUCCAGUUUUUCUUGCUCGAAAAGUAAUGGACAAAACACCACAUUGUGCUCUUAGUGGUGAUGGUGCUCUGAAAUUUGCUAAGGAUAAUGGAUUGGAUUGGUGUGAACCGAAUGAAUUGUUAAAUGAACAGAGACGUCUUCCACAUAAAUAUUUCAAUGAUUAUUCGAGAUAUUUUAUGGAGGGAGGAGCUUUUCCUGCUGAUGCGCCUGAAAUUAUACCUGAAAAAACUGACACUUGCGAUUGUGCAUGUGCUGUUGCGAUUGAUAGAGAUGGCAAGUUGGCAUGUGCAACGUCAACAGGAGGUAUUGCCGGCAAACUUAAAGGUCGUAUUGGUGACACUGCAUUAGUUGGUUGUGGAGGAUAUGCAAAUGAAAAAGGAGCAGCUGCAGUAAAUGGUCUUGGAGAGAAAUUGAUAAAAUUGAACUUUACAAGACAAGUUGUAAUUGAAAUAGAAAAUGAAAAUAGUGCCCAGGAAGCUGUACAGAGUGCUGUGAACUUAGUUCAACAAAGACAAAAUGGACUCGCUGGAGGAAUUGCCAUCGACAGACAUGGAAAUAUUGGAAAGGCAUUUAAAAAUGACCUCAUGCCUUGGGUUAGCAUCAAAAAGGAUGAAGUGAGAUUGGGGUUGAAAAGGGAUGAAGAAGGAAACUAUCCUAUUAUUGAAAACAUUGGCGAUGUAUAGUUUAUGAUUUAUACAUGAAUUAAUAUUCAUUCACAAUCAUGCACUGUUUAAUUUUAGCAUUUGAAACUAAAUAUUCACAAUUCACACAAACAAAUAAACAUUACAACAAUCAUAAUCAUUUAUACGCGUACAUAAUUAUCGUACGUAAGUACAGUAUUGUGCUGCAUCGGUUAGUCAUAUCAUAUUUUCCUUCAUUGUUGAACUAUAAUAUUUGAAACAAUGCAUUUUUAAUUAUUCACAUGAUAAAAGAAAAUUAUUGUUGCUUAAAUUUCUUCACUUCAAAUAUUGUCUGAAAAGGAAA